CAUCAUUCACUAAACUGGACACGCUGGUAAACUCCUGGCCUGCAGCUGCACAUUUUCAGGUGGUGAAGUGUCUGUGAACAAUAGUGCCAUGCAGGGUCUGUGAUCUUCGUUUCUUGUAUUCUAUUGCAAUAUUAGGAGUCUGUACCUUGGGGCCCGGUCGCAAGAUGUGGAUCUCCAGUGCCUGGUCAUCAGUAUGGCUGCUGGCUGCAUGUGCAGUCGGUGUGCGAGGGGCUGUCGAGGCAGACUCCUCUAUGAAGAGUAUUCCUCUGCGCACGCACAGUCUGGCACCUCCAUACCUUGACUCCGACAUGUCAAGUCGAUGGUUCGACUUUGGCGGCGACACCAUAAUACGAACAGACCAGUACAUUCGAUUAGCAUCAGAUUUACCUUCACAAUCUGGCUGGCUCUUCUCCAGAAUACCACUCACCGCGACGAAUUGGGAGAUUGAAUUUGAGUUCUCAAUAGAGGGGAAGGGACAUCUACAUGGCGACGGAUUUGCUCUAUGGGUCACAAAAGAGAGAGCUCAGCCAGGUCCAGUGUUUGGACAUGCCGAUAGAUUCGAGGGACUAGGACUGUUCUUCGACACAUACAAGAACAACCGACCUGGCGUUGUGUUCCCCUAUGUGAUGGCUAUGAUGGGAGAUGGCAAAACCACCUAUGAUUCCGCGAAUGAUGGCAAAGCCAAUGAGAUCGGAGGAUGUUCGGCUCGAGGACUGCGCGGCGCUUCGAUCCCGACCAAAGCGAAACUGACUUAUUUCCAAGACAAGUCGCUGUCACUGCAACUACAAUACAAGGCCACAGACUCGUGGAUCGAUUGUUUCAGCUUGGAAUCGACCGCAGAUGUACCUCUGAAGAUGCCUAACACUGCCUAUCUCGGUUUCAGCGCCCAUACUGGCGAGUUGUCGGACAAUUUCGACAUUAUCAGCGUAGAGACGAGGAACUUGUACAACCCUGUGGCCGCGAACACAGGCAGGGCUCAAGCCGCCGCUGCUAGAGCCAGCGGACGAGGGAGACCCGAUAAGAAGAAGGGUGGAUGGGGAUGGUUUUUCUUCAAGGUGCUGUUGUUUGGUGGCCUUGUGGGUGGCGCUUACGUCGGAUACAACAAGUACAAGCAAAAACAGCGGUACAGUGGAUUCUAGACGCUUCCUUGGCUGAGGGCAAUAGCAGGCAAAAAGCGCAUGUGUACCAUCAAGCAUCAGCAGAAAAUUGACUGCCGAGCUGAUAGCGAGGAAAGGGCUUUGUGUCACACUUGUCUGACAUGCAGCACCACGUCUUUCCCAGUAGGCUGCUAUUGUGAAGCUGUUCAGCUACUCUGAUCAGUGUGAGAUAGUACAGCAUGUUCAAAGAACAUCAUGCGCAAGUGUGUGGGUAUGUACCUUGGGUAUUACUCCAUGUUCUGUAUUAGCCUUGCAUCACAUGAUCGUCAUCACAUUAGCGCGACUGAUCUUCCAAGGCUAUCUGCAGAUUUAAUAACCACCAAUCAAAGCAAUGCAAC